UCGGGAUCGCCAUACUACUUUCAUAAAUGCAUCCGCGUCAUCAUUGAGUACUUGCGUGGCGUUCAUCAAAUGUCUCUCAUGGCGUUUGUCGAUGACUUUCUUCUCACUGGAUAUCAGUCUGACAUUUUACCCAAGCUUCAAAUUCUUCUCGACACCCUGUCUCAACUUGGUCUUACCGUAAAUCACGAAAAAUCUGUUCUUCGUCCUUCAGAUGUUGUUACGUACCUUGGCUUUGUCGUCCGCUGUGCUGGACCGGACGGACCUCCCGUCAUUACCGUGCCGAAAUCCAAGGUAUCCAAGUUGAAACAGGAUAUAACACGCGCCCUCAAACGCUCACGCAUUUCAGCGCGGCUUCUGGCACGCUUUGCAGGCCGUUGCAUUAGCAUGCUUGCCGCCGUCUUCCCGUGCAAGCUCAAACUUCGAAACGUUUACCGACUUCUCAACUCUAGGCACUCGUGGGAGGCCUCGCUGGAGUGGUCGGCAGGAGCAGUGGAGGAUCUGACCUGGUGGGUUCGGUCCCUCGACAGCUGGAACGGGAGGCUCCUGCUGCCACCCGCGCAGUUCGACUUACAACUGCUGACGGACGCCUCGGAGUCCGGCUGGGGCGCUGUGCUGAGUCCACCAGCCGGUCGUACCGCCUCGGGCUUCUGGUGUCCCACGCCGCUGCGGCACGAGUGGUGCUUACACCCCGCGGUGUUUCGGCAACUGGAGCGCAUGUUCGGACCGCACUCCAUAGAUCGGUUCGCGUCGUUUACGACGGCGCUCCUACCGGUCUACAACAGCCGCUUCGACGACCCGGGAUCGGUUGGCGUGGAUGCCCUCGGCCAAUCCGACUGGGGCCAACACAUGAACUUCGUCAAUCCGCCAUUCCGGCUCAUUCCGCGCGUGCUGGAUCUUGUAGAGGCGCAGCGGGCGGAGGCGACUCUCAUCGCCCCGCUCUGGCCAGGGCAGCCGUGGAUGACCAGGCUGAGGCGGCUGUGUGUCGCACCUCCCAUCCGCCUGCCGCCGGUGAAGCGUACGUGUAUGCCGGUGCUGCCGCUGCAGGUGAUCGAGCCGCACCGGAACACCGCCUGGACCCUCUGUGCCUGGCGGAUAUCUGGCGCUCUCAGCUAGUCGAGCGCGGUUGGUCACCGGCUGCCAGCGAUCAGCUGACUCUCUGCCUGGCAGAGUCGACACACGCAACAUACGAUCGCUAUAUUCGGGAGUGUUCCGAUUUCUGCGCGUCUCGCGGUGUGCCUUUUCCGCCUACGGAUUCCGCCCUUCUGGCCGAUUUUUUGAUGCAGCAAAGUCGUGCUUCCGACCGUCCUCAGUCCAUGUUACGAUGUUUGUCCGCGGCUUUGUCUUCCGUUUACGAGGCGUGUAACCUGCCUGUCCUGACCUCUGAUCCAUUCAUUGUGCGUUUGUCAAAUGCUAUCGUGAAAAGUCGCACUCGUCUGCCCAUGCAGCGCUCUCGUGUGAUGGAUGUCUCGGCGUUCACACGCAUGUUCCGGGCGUGGCCAGCGAACAAUGCUUUGUCUGUUAAACAGUUAAGGAUGAAAACAAUUACGUUGCUGGCUAUCGCUCUGAUGCUUCGACCCUCUGAUAUCGCCCCUCAGGCGCGCACUUUUCACGCGGAUUCCGCGGAGUGUCCUCGCGUUUCGUGAUGUCUACUGACCAGAUUACCUUUUGUUCGGACGGCUCGGUCAAAGUUUCGUUUUUAGG